GGGGAGACGAAUUACUCAGCCACGUCACGUGACAGAAGAGAGCAGUGCCGAAACGUCGUCGUCAGCGGCGAAGCGUCGUCAAAGGCUGCUGCACCAUGCGGCUACAGCGGCCUACGCCAGGGGCGCUGCUUGCCGCCGCAGUCCUUGUGGUUUCUUUAGCCUCUGCAACUUCACAAGGCUACCCAUGCUACCAGGAGGGCUUCUACCGUGACCCCAACCACUGCGGCCGCUUUUACCGGUGUGCGCCGGUGCGAAACCGGCCUGGCGUCUUCACACUUUACACGUUCGGGUGUCCCGAGGGGACAGCAUUCGACGAGUACAGCCGCAUGUGCGUCGAGCCUCACUACGACGACCCGUGUUUCAACCAGGUGUCCCGGGGCCCGGCGUACGCGCCGCACCGACCCAUGCACCCUUUCCGGGCGCCCGUCAAGUCCAGCUUCAGGGACGGCCAGGCGCUGCCCUGUCGACGAGACGGCUUUCACGCGCACCCUUAUGACUGCAACAGGUUCUACCGAUGCGUUCGGUACGAGCAGGACUCGUUCUACAGCAUUUACGAGUUUAACUGCCCCGAGACGCUCGUCUACGAUGAAGCGACAGGUACCUGCAACUACGCCGAAUACAGUGAAUCCGAGUGUGUCUCGAACCAACGUCAAAAUAAUAGCUGGAGCCAGAGCAACUCUUCUUCUGGCUUAUCGGGCUGGUCGCAGGCUGGAGCUGGUCUAGAAGACACUCGUCAAAACAUCGAGCAGGCUCCGCAAGGUAGCAGUGGCUGGUCCCAAGUCCAGGGUCAGGAGUCAAUCAAUCACGGUCACACCGAGAACCAGCCACAGGGUUCGUGGAGUGGUCAAGGAGGAAACCAGGAAGUGCCUCAGUGCACCAGAGAAGGUUUCUUCGGGCAUCCAAACGAUUGCAACAAGUUCUACAGGUGCGUCUAUAGCGGUGCUGGCUCCUACGUCGUCUACAUCUUCAGCUGCGGAGAGUCGUUAGUGUGGGACAAAGCGCAAAGCACAUGCAAUUACCCGUACGCCGUGCAAGGACGGUGCAAGAAUGCGGCUCCCAGCCCAUCCGAGAAACCAACAUUCCCUGAACAACCCCAGAGUUGGCCACAGCAGGGCGCUGGAGGUGAUCAGCCUGGAGGAGGGCAACCGCAACAACCGCAGGGUUGGUGGCCACAGCAGGGUGCCACACCAGGUGAACAGCUCGGAGGAGCGCCACCGCAACAACCGCAGGGUUGGCCUGAACAGAGUCCUGGAGGUAGCCAGCAACCUGGGGGAAGCGGUCAGGGUAAACUGAGACCUGGCAACGCGAGACCAUGGGGCAAUGAAACCAUCACAGGUCAACAGGGUGGUUCACCAUCGGGACAGGGAACUCCUUCAAACCAAAACUUGCCAUGUCCUAAAGAAGGCUUUUAUCGCAACCCCCAGAACUGUUACAGAUUCUAUCGCUGUGUGAGGCGCGAAGGCACAGGUGCCUUUGAUGUCUACGAAUUCGACUGCCCUAAAGGACUCGUAUUCGACGAAAGGUACAGUGUAUGCAACUGGCCAUAUCAAGCACCCCCCUGCGAAGAAAGUCACGCCUCUCAAAUUGUACAACCCGGGCCAGGUGGGCAAGCAGGACUGCCAGGACAAGGAGGCAGGCCAGGAACGGGUGGUGCCCCGGCCCGGCCAGAAACACCAGGUCGACCAGGAACGCCGGGAACGAGUGGAGUACCCGGUCGACCAGGCACGCCUGGUACGAGUGGCACAUCAGGUCGACCAGGAACGCCAGGAACAGUUGGCAUACCAGGUCAUCCAGGUACGCCAGGAACGGGAGGUAGGCCGGGUCAACCAGGAACGCCUGGAACGAAAGGUAGGCCGGGGCAGCCAGGAAGGCCAGGGUCGGGUGGUACACCAAGUCAACCAGGAAGACCGGGAACACCGGGAACGGGUGGCACACUGGGCCAACCUGGAACUCCAGGAACUGGUGGUAUCCCGGGGCAACCAGGCACGUCUGGAAUAGGUGGCACUCCAGGACAACCAGGCAUACCAGGAAUACCAGGAACACAGGGAAUAGGUGGCACGCUGGGCCGACCUGGAAUUCCAGGGACAGGUGGGAGGCCGGGAAAUCCAGGAAUGCCUGGAGCAGGUGGUACUCCAGGACAACCAGGAAUACCAGGAACGCCGGGUCAACCAGGCACUCCUGGAACAGGCGGUACACCGGCCCAACCAGGAGCUUCGGGAACGGGUGGUAGACCGGGGCAACCAGAGACCCCAGGAACAGGAGGUAGGCCAGGUCAACCAGGAACGCCGGGAACAGAAGGUAGGCCAGGGCAGCCAGGAAUGCCAGGGUCGGGUGGUACCCCACCUCAACCAGGAAGACCAGGAACACCGGGAACGGGUGGCACGCCAGCCCAGCCAGGGACUCCAGGAACGGUUGGUAGACCGGGCACGCCUGGUACAGGUGGUAGUCCAGGACAACCAGAAAUACCAGGAAGACCGGGAACGGGUGGCACGCCCGCCCAGCCAGGAACACCAGGAACGGUUGGUAGACCGGGUCAACCAGGCACGCCUGGUACAGGUGGUAGUCCAGGACAACCUGAAAUACCAGGAAGACCGGGAACGGGUGGCACGCCGGGCCAACCUGGAAUUCCAGGAACACGUGGUAGGCCGGGAAAUUCAGGAACGCCUGGAGCAGGUGGUACUCCAGGACAACCUGGAAGACCAGGAACGCCGGGUCAACCAGGAAUUCCUGGAACAGGUGGUUCACCGGCCCAACCAGGAACUUCAGGAACGGGUGGUAUACCAGGGCAACCAGGGACCCCAGGGACAGGAGGGAGGCCAGGCCAACCAGGAACACCGGGAACGGGUGGCACGCCAAUCCAGCCUGGGGCUCCAGGAACGGUCGGCAGACCGGGGCAACCAGGCACGCCUGGCACAGGUGGUAGUCCAGGACAACCAGGAAUACCUGGAAUAGAUGGCACGCCGGGUCAACCAGGAACUUCUGGAACAGGUGGUACACCAGCCCAACCAGGAACGCCAGGAAAAGGUGGUGUUCCAGGUCAUCCAAGUGACACGAGGCCAGUGCAACCAGGGCAACCACCUCUGCCCGGGCAACCAGUACCAGCGCUGCCAGGAGGGCAACCAAGUCGACCAGAUCAGGGUGGCUCACCAGGGCAAGGAUGGCAGCCCAGUGGUGCCCCAGAUGAAGGUGGCCGCGAGCAGCGACCAUCGUGUCCACAGGAGGGCUUUUUCAGACAUCCUCAAAGCUGCUAUCGAUUUUAUCGUUGCGUGAGUAGUACCAGCGAAGGUAAUUUUGUGAUUUAUGAAUUCAAUUGUCCAGAGGGACUGGUGUUCGAUGAACGUUACAGCACAUGUAACUGGCCCUCUGAUGCACCACCAUGUGAUGGUGUGGCACCACCUACCGUAGGCCUAGCUCCGCCUAGUCAGCCAGGUGGUUCUCCUGUCGGGUCUGGGCAGCCUGGAGCCCCAGGGCAACCAGGAAGACCAACACAGCCUGGACAUGGACAAUCAGGUCGCCCAGAUCAAUUGCCAGGCCAACCAAGACCAGGCAGUACAGGUCAAGGGCAACCAGGACAGCCAUGGAGACCAAGCCAACCUAUGCCAGCUCCACCAACAGGGCAAGGACAACCAGGUCAGCCAGAAUUUCCCGGUCAAGGACCACCAAGCCAACCAACACCUGCGCAACCUGGACAAGGCCAACCAGGACAAGAAUUCCCUGGACCAGGCCAGCCAGGAGGACCUGACCGGCUUCCAUGUCCUCAAGAAGGAUUUUUCCGACAUCCUGACAGCUGUUAUAGGUUUUACCGAUGUGUUGACACUGGGAACGGUUUUGUGGCAUACGAAUUUAACUGCCCCGAAGGUCUCGUAUUCGACGAGCGGUACAGUACUUGCAAUUGGGCCGAUGCAGCGCCUCCUUGCGACCAAACGCCACCCCUUGGCAUGCCUGCACCUGGUGGUGGUGGAGGACCUCAGCCUAGUCCAGGACAGUCUGCACCACGUCCUCCCAGGCCACCACAGAGACCACCUCCCACUGGUGGUGGAAGACCUCUGCCUAGUCCUGGACAACCUGCACCUCGUCCUCCCAGCCCACCGCAGACGCCGCCACCCGCUAGCACGCCAAUGCAGCCACCAACAUCACAACCGAGCCCGCCUCAAACUCCAAGCAUCUUUCCGGGGACUACUGGUCCAAUGACUGAAAGCACUCCUGCAGUAACAGGCCAGGGCCAGCCAGGCCAGGGCCAGCCAGGCCAGGGCCAGCCAUCACAAGGACAACCAGUGCCACCAGCAGGUCCGCUACCACCACAAGGUCCUCCAGGUGGUAGUGAGCAAGGUCCUGGCCAAGCACCACCAGCCACUGACGUGACGAGGCCUCAAGAGCCUACGACCCCUGAAGCAUCAGGUCUUUCGUGUCCCGACUCGGGAUUUUUCCGGCAUCCUCAGGAUUGUCACCGAUUCUACAGGUGUGUCGACCAAUCGGAAAGCGGACGAGGAUACGUCGUUUAUGAAUUUGACUGCCCAGCUGGCUUGGUUUUCGAUGAGAGGAUAAGUGUGUGCAACUGGCCACAGGACGCGCCUCCUUGUGAAGGUGGACAAGGACAAGGACCUACUAUAGGCGCGGCACCUGUACCGCCAAGCCGGCCUCCAGGUCAACCACCUAGUCUUCCUCCCAGCCAGCCUCCAAGCCGUCCUCCCAGCCAACCUCCCAGCCAGCCACCAAGUCGACCUCCUAGCCAGCCACCAAGCCAGCCACCAAGUCGACCUCCUAGCCAGCCACCAAGUCGACCUCCUAGCCAGCCACCAAGCCACCCACCGAGUCGACCUCCCGGCCAGCCUCCAAGUCAACCUCCGGGCCAGCCUCCAAGUCAGCCUCCCAGCCAGCCUCCAAGCCAGCCUCCAAGUCAGCCACCAGUCCAACCACCAAGUCAGCCACCAAUCCAACCACCAAGUCAGCCACCAAUCCAACCACCAAGUCAGCCACCAAGCCAACCACCAAGCCAACCACCAAGUCAGCCACCAAGCCAACCACCAAGUCAGCCACCAAGCCAACCACCAAGUCAGCCACCAAGCCAACCACCAAGUAAACCACCAAGCCAACCACCAAGCCAACCUCCAGGCCAACCGCCAAGCCAGCCUCCCAGCCAACCACCAAACCAACCACCACAAGAAGAGAGCUGCAGGCCCCAGUGCAGCAGAACUGGCUUCUUUCGAAAUCCAAGCGACUGCACUAAGUUCUACCGGUGCGUGGACUUCUACCAGAAUGCUAGAUACGUUGUGUUCAACUUUGACUGUCCGGAAGGUCUUGUGUUCGACGAGCGUUACAGUGUGUGCAACUGGCCGCACGAUGCACCGCCAUGCGGUGGUCUAUCAGACCCAAGUGCCGCCGGAAGCUGCGCGCCAUCUGGCGGUCCCUCCCCACCACAGCCACCUGGCCCACCUCAACAGCCGCAACCCGGACCGCCACAACCGCCACAGCCACGACCACCUCCGUCACACCCGAUGCCUCCACCCCGGCCGGCCGACUCAUCUGUAUGCAGCAAGGAGGGAUUCAUACGGGAUCCUGCAGACUGCCACAAAUUCUACCGGUGUGUGGACACAUACCAGGAUGGCAGGUUGUCAGCAGUUCACUUUGAUUGCCCUGCUGGCCUCGUGUUUGACGAGCGAUACAGUGUUUGCAACUGGCCUCACGAUGCCCCACCAUGUGACGAUCAACCACAGGCACAGCCACCACAACAGCCACAGCCACCGCCACAGCCGCAACCGCAGCCACAGCCACUACCACAGCCACAACCGCAGCCACAGCCGCAACCUCGGCCCCGACCCGAACCAAUCGAGGCAACUACAGCGCCUUUUGACAAGACAACUGUGCCGGCGUAUGAAACCACACCUCAGGUCACGACUUCGGAAGCAACAACUGCAGAGGUGACAACGCCGUUUGAAGCAACGACGUCGUCAGAAGCCACCACCUCAGUUACCACGUUGCAACCGAUGACGACCGAGUCCACUCCAGCCGCAACGACCGAAGCGCCGACAACGCUAGCAGCCAGCACUAUGUUGCCUAUGACUACGCCUUCCAAUCGCCAAGCCAAAAAGCUCGAUGACCUCAUACUGUGCGACAAGGAUGGCAACUUCGCCUUUGACGGCGACUGCGUCCACUUCUACCGCUGCACGGGUGGCAAAUCCCAGAAGGCCGAGCUGUUCAAGUGUCCCGACAAGUAUUAUUUCGACACCAAGAUCGGCUUCUGUCGCAGGAAGAGAAAGAACUUCAAGUGCGACAAGACGCCGUCACCAGACAUGAUGGCCCGUCUUCCACCGGACUUCAUGCAAUCUGCCAUAGUGGCCGGACCUGGUUUCUUGUGGGACUGAUAAGUAGGACAUUUUAUAGCGUGGGUACCGGUAGAAAGACAUACGAGGGUAGCCGAACACUAGACGAUUCGUGAAGUGUUAGCCAUUCCCUGUUUUAAGCUUGAGAUGGCCACGAUUUCGUCGUGUUGUGUUUCUCACCCCUCUUAACUUUCAGUUCUCGACGGGUGUCUUUCUUUCACACUGCGGCUUCUCGGAGCUCACCGAAUUACAUGAUAGUGCGCAUAGAGGCAAGAGGAAGAGCUUCACGUGACAAGCGGCUUCCUCCGUUGCGCUUUAGAACCAGUUAGAUGCUGUCAACGAGAAGGGAAUGGUAACCAUGUCACGGCAAUAUGGACGCUCACGCCUGCCCUUGUAUAUCUUUUCUAUCUGCCCACGCAUUGCCACCGGGUCGAGCUGUGAACGCUGGUCGUGCACGUCACUUUGCUUGCCAGUGGUGUGACUUCAUUUUACGUGCAGUUCGUUACACCGACAGCAAGAAAAAAAAAAACGUGUAGAUAAAUGGGGCAUUUCAGGACCAUGUGCAGGGCAGAUGCGCCUUUUUUUUAUCUUACAAGUCGUAAGUGUUUAUUUCGCUCAUGGCUUCCUUCUGGUCUCUCACUAUUUAAGAACAGUGGUAGAAGUGGCAGUAUUGCGACAUCAGUCCAGCGUCCGUUGGAGGCGUCCGUCAAAUGUCUGCAGCGUUCACCAGCUGAUCGUUUUGGUGACAAGCGGAACAAGGGUUCGUCGAAGUGGUUAGGUUAAUCAUUGUCGAACAUUAAAAGAAUACAUCAUCAUGACUACGUGCUAUUUUUUGUAGAUUAAAGGAAGCGUUUUCAUGUGUUUC